GUGGGGAACGUAGAAGCGCCCUCGCCCACAGGGGCUCGGAGGGAUGAGCCGGGUCCGAGAGGCUGGGGGCCCUUGGCAGGCAGAGCUCGAGCAGCCGCGGCGCGCGCCGGCCCCCGCGGACACGUGCGUGCAGUGAGCCAGGUGCACGAUUGCACUCACGCCCUCGGGUGCGCGCGCCCCGGCUGCCCCCUGCGCCCAGGGGCCUGCCCCGGAGCAGAGUGGGUCCGAGCCGCCCGCGGGUCCCUCCUCGCAGCGGAGAGCGUGCGGUGCGCCGGCGCCGUCCGUUACAGAGAAGCUGGCCAGGGCUGGGCCGUCGGUCGCUCUCCCUGCUCCCGCUCCUGCUCCCGCUCCUGCCCCUGCUCCGCCGCAGCCGACCGUCCCGGCGCUCGGUCCCAGCCGCCGACGGAAAAGUGAAUCAGCACAUUCCCCUCCGUGUAAAAGGAUCUGGGCUGGAAGCAUGUGGUAUGUCCUGCGAGGCUGGAGGCGACAGUGCCUGGGCCCAUGGGGAGCCCUGGGGCAGCAGUGGCCCCUGGGCAUCCGUGCUCUGGCCAGUGCAGGCUCCAGGAGUGGGAACGAGUACAGCCAUGUGGUGGUGGGUGCAGGCUCCGCAGGCUGUGUGCUGGCCAGGAGGCUCACGGAAGACACUGACAAGCGUGUGCUGCUGCUAGAGGCUGGGCCCAAGGACACGUAUGCAGGGAGCAAGCGGCUCUUGUGGAAGAUCCACAUGCCCGCUGCCCUCGUGGCCAACCUGUGCGAUGACAGGUACAACUGGUACUACCACACGGAGCCGCAGCCGGGCCUGGAUGGCCGGGUGCUGUACUGGCCGCGCGGUCGGGUCUGGGGUGGCUCUUCAUCCCUCAAUGCCAUGGUCUACAUCCGCGGGCACGCCGAGGACUAUGAGCGUUGGCACCGAGAAGGCGCCGCAGGCUGGGACUACGCGCAUUGUCUGCCCUACUUCCGCAAGGCACAGGGCCACGAGCUGGGUGCCAGCAGGUACCGCGGUGGUGAGGGCCCGCUGCGUGUGUCCCGGGGCAAGACCAACCACCCGCUGCACCAGGCGUUCCUGGAGGCAGCACAGCAGGCCGGCUACCCCCUCACCGAGGACAUGAACGGCUUCCAGCAAGAAGGCUUCGGCUGGAUGGACAUGACCAUCCAUGAAGGCAAGCGCUGGAGCACGGCCUGCGCGUACCUGCACCCAGUGCUGAGCCGCCCCAACCUCAUAGCCGAGGCCCGGACGCUCGUGAGCAGGGUGCUGUUUGAAGGCACCCGUGCAGUGGGCGUGGAGUACGUCAAGAACGGCCAGAGCCACAGGGCUUACGCCAGCAAAGAGGUGAUUCUGAGUGGAGGCGCCAUCAACUCGCCACAGCUGCUCAUGCUCUCGGGCGUCGGCAACGCAGAUGACCUCAAGAAACUGGGCAUCCCGGUGGUGUGCCACCUUCCUGGAGUCGGCCAGAACCUGCAAGACCACCUGGAGAUAUAUAUCCAGCAGGCAUGCACCUGCCCUAUCACCCUCCACUCGGCACAGAAGCCCUGGAGAAAGGCCCAGAUUGGGCUGGAGUGGCUCUGGAAGUUCACAGGGGAUGGAGCCACGGCCCACCUGGAAACAGGUGGGUUCAUCCGGAGCCAGCCUGGAGUCCCCCACCCGGACAUCCAGUUCCACUUCCUGCCAUCCCAAGUGAUCGACCACGGGCGGGUCCCCACCCAGCAGGAGGCUUACCAGGUGCACGUGGGGACCAUGCGGGGCACGAGUGUGGGCUGGCUCAAACUGAGAAGUGCCAACCCCCAGGACCAUCCUGUGAUCCAGCCCAACUACCUGUCAACAGAAACCGAUAUUGAGGACUUCCGUCGGUGUGUGAAGCUGACCAGAGAAAUUUUUGCACAGAAAGCCCUGGAACCAUUCCGGGGGAAAGAGCUCCAGCCAGGAAGCCACAUCCAGUCAGAUAAAGAGAUAGAUGCCUUUGUGCGGGCAAAAGCGGACAGUGCCUACCACCCUUCGUGCACAUGUAAGAUGGGCCAGCCCUCCGAUCCCACCGCUGUGGUGGAUCCGCAGACCAGGGUGCUUGGGGUGGAAAACCUCAGGGUUGUCGAUGCUUCCAUCAUGCCCAGUGUGGUCAGCGGCAACCUGAAUGCCCCCACCAUCAUGAUCGCAGAGAAAGCGGCCGACAUCAUUAAGGGGCAGCCUGCACUCUGGGAUAAGGAUGUCCCCAUCUACAAGCCCAGGACCCUGGCCACCCAGCGUUGAGGGAGUCACUGCCUGAGAAGCCCCCCAACAGGCUAAGAGGGCCAGCAUAGCCCUUGCUCCAAUGGUCUUUCCUGAAACUAUCUAGAAUGUUAGGAUUUAAUGUCUGUGAAUUGGAUCAUUUGUUAAGAAAUGAGACCAGUACUACUGGUCAGUGAAUCGGGUUCCUUUUUACAACAUUUCCCUAUGGGCCCUUUGGGAAAGGCCAGUAUUCUGGUUGGGGCCCCUCUUCCCUGCCUCCUGCAAGGACAGCAAAGGGGAGGGGAGGCUGGCGGAGGAGGAUGAUGGUUAACUCCUGCCAUGUACUCGUCUUGUGUUCAUGGUGCUCUCCAACCCAGGGUCCUGCUGCCUUCUUCGGUCCUUGUUAGACUGGAGGAAGGUGGUCUCUCCCAGGCCUCCCUCUGCAGCCCCUCAGAGAGCAGGUGCUGUGCACUGAGGCUUGGAGCUAGUCAGUCCUGCUUGGGUUCUCCAAGGGGGGCGUCCUCCUCUCAGGCUGCAAGCUGUAGCUAAGGCCCAGAGUUGCAGUCAUUAGAGUUCACCGGGGACAUGUGCAUAGGCUCCAGCACUCCCGUUCAGAGGGGAAAGUGGCCCACUGGAAGAAACACAGCCUUCUCCUUUCUCUUCUGCUUCCUGAUUUCACUCCCAGAGGGAGGCAGGAACUGGUGCUCAGUUGCGUCCCUCUGAGGGCCUUGGGGGCCUCCUCGCCAAUGCUCUGGUUCUUAUUAAACACGAUCAGCCCAAUGAGAGGACGUCUGGACCUUGUUCAAGGAGAUAAGAGUCUGGAGGGGCUCUUUCUUUACUAUCGUAGGUUCCCUGAUUUAGCAUUCCGGAAGAUUUUCCUGUUACCAGGAAACCUAGAAACCCAGAACAAACCCUACCUACCAGACCACAGCUCCACGCUGAAGCGGCCAGCCAAGAGGAUGCUCUCCUCUCAGAUGGGGAAAUGACUCCACAGCGGACAAGGCUGGCUAAUUCUCAUUCUUUAGACGUCUGUGGGAACAGAGCAGGAUGGAGCUGAGACUGACAGAGAAAGCAGUCGAGUAAAACUACGCACCCUGAUCCUGUAAAAAUGAAACUGAGUGAAAGAAAAAUAAAUUGGCAAACGAUUUGAGUUUUUGGGGGUGGAAAGCAGUUACAAGUAGCAUUUAAAACAGCUCUUGAUUUUUAAACUUCUUAUAAUUCAAUAGUAUAAUCCCAGUAAACUUAUUUUUGAACUGAGACGCCUCAUCCAGACUGUUCUGUCAAGCUAAUGAAAGUUAAAUGCAUUUUGGAUUGAUUUUUUUCCGAAGCCAUCCAAAGCUUCUAUGGCAUCUAUGGCAGGGAAGCCAAGAAUUGCUACAUGGAAACCUGUGUGCUGGGCCCAGAAUGAGGGCCGGCUUCACCCAGGAUUAGAGUGGAUUGAGGUGGCUUGGAGGUCCAACAGCCGCAACUCAUGUUUCUGAGAAAGACCUUCAAAAAGGUGGAAAGAAGAAAACGAUCACAUCUCUCCUUCCUUUAAAAAUUUUAAACAAACAGCUCUUGUUUGAUCUUACCUGUGUCUGUCUUUAUUUUCUGUUCCAGGGGAGGGUCAAGAAAGAAAAUUCUAAAUCUGCCAAGAGAUUUCUCUCUCCUAGAGAGGUUCCCCACCUGCCUCACGGCAGGGUGCACAGCCAUCAUCCUCUGGGUCUUGGAGCCACCUGCAGGGGCGGAGGAGUGCAGGUGCCAGCCCCACUGCUCUGAGGGCUGAGAAGGGACAAGCUGGGUGUGGAGGGGGUUCCCAGGCGACCGUCUGUGCUGACCUCUGGCACGGGAUGGCAGGUAUAUGGCCAUUCAGUGCUGCCAUCACUGCGUUCUGUGGUGUUUUCAGCCUCUGAGGCAAUGACUGAUUUGCUACUGUGGCUGUAAUGUAAGAUGAGCAAAAUGACACGUGGAAAGAGGAGCCUGUCCCUGUUCAGCUCCAUUACCUCCAGGCCCGUCUCCCACUCUUGCUUACGGGGCCUUGUUCCAUAGGAUGAUAUAACCAUACAGUGAAAUAAAUACGUUUCAAAA